AUGAAGACCACGAUACAAAAAUAUAUUAAAGCUUGUCAUUUAUGUACACAUUAUAAUGCAAGCCGUCGUAAAAAACAUGGUCAUUUACAUCCUAUUUCAUCACCGGAUGCACCAUUUGCCUUAAUAGGUAUUCACUAUUGUGGCCAUUUUAAACGAACUCCUUGUGACAAUCAAUACGUACUCGUCAUAACUGAUUAUUUUACUAGGCAUAUCACCGCAUUUACAUUACCGAGUUGUACGACUGCCACGACAGUACAGGUCUUAUUUAACGAAUUUCUUUCUAAAUAUGGUAUUCCGUCAGUUAUAUUAUUAAGUGAUCAAGGACCACAUUUUCAGAAUCAAGUGAUGCAUAAUAUCCAGAAACUUAUUUGA